AUGGCGUCUCUCCACAAACAUGGCAUAUCCAAAUGGAUUGCAUCGUCUCCUCCCAUCGCUUGGACAGUUCGACAACUGCGCGAGCUCCUCAUUGGGGCUCUUCGGCAGGGGCCCAUCCCGCAGCAUGUCGCGUUCGUGAUGGAUGGCAACAGGCGCUUUGCUCGAGAGCAGCACAUUGAAACCGUAGAAGGACACAACAUGGGCUUUGAGGCGCUGGCCAGGAUUCUCGAAGUCUGCUACAAGGCAGGCGUCAAGGUCGUGACCAUUUACGCAUUUAGCAUCGAGAACUUCAAGCGAUCGAAACACGAAGUCGAUGCAUUGAUGGCCAUGGCGAAGCUCAAACUACUGCAGUUAUCAGAACACGGGGCCCUGCUCGACCGUUACGGCGCGUCGAUCCGCAUUCUUGGCCAGCGCGAACUGGUGAAGGCAGACGUCAUCGAAGCGAUCGAUAAAGCAGUGGCCAUGACCGCGCAUAACAAAAGGACUGUUCUCAAUGUGUGCUUUCCGUACACGUCGCGAGAUGAAAUCACCACCGCUGUCAGAUCCACGGUAGAGCAGUUCAACACACCCAUAGACAUUGUCCAGACACCCUCGAAGCGCACCUUCUCCGAGUCCCACAUUACCCAACAUAUUAGGAAGCAAAUGGUUGGGGAAGACAAGGACGGUCCGCCGUCGCAAGACGCUUCGCGAUCGGCAUCGCCUGCAGCCAAAUCGUCAGGGGAGAGCCAAUCAUCGGCAACUUCGACCGCCAUCAAUUCCUCAGAGAAGGACGAAACUCCAACUACGGGCCCGACAUACCCCGAUCCCGAAACUAUUACUGUAGAAACGCUAAACAACAACAUGCUCACUGCCGGUGCUCCUCCUCUAGAUCUUCUAGUUCGAACAUCCGGAGUGGAGAGACUGAGCGACUUCAUGCUCUGGCAAAGUCACGAAAACACCUCCAUCGUUUUUCUCAAGUGCUUGUGGCCCGAAUUCGACUUGUGGCAUUUCCUUCCGGUGCUAGUGGAAUGGCAGUGGCAGAAGAAGAAGCUUCUGGAGCAGCAGCGAAGUCGUGGCAUUAAGAGUGAUUAG